AAUCAAUAGUGUCAAAAAUGAAAAAGAUAAGAAAACGUCCAACUUACAAAAAUUAAUCACACAACUGUUAUAUAUAGGUAUAUCUCUGCCGCAACAUCUUUUUAAGCAUAACAAAAUUAGAAAAUUUAAAUUCUCUUAAAUAUCUCGUAUAACUCGGAGAAAAUAGUUAACUUCAUAACCUAAAAAUAAUCGUAAACAAAUAGUGACGUUCUUGGACACGUAUUGUAACGGAGAAACUCUAAUGAACGAUUAAAAAUCGCGAAAUGAAACAUAAACUGUUGUGCUUCGUGUUUUUCGCGUUGCUGUGCUGCGAAUUUUCCGAGGAAAGCGUCCAACCGCCCACAGAGAAAAGCAAGAAGAAAGAUGAGAUACAAAAAGAACCCCAAAAAGAAAAAUCCGAAUUCGUAGCCUCUGAGGAGGACCAUGAGGGGGCCUCGCCAAUAAGAAUUGAACCUGCACCUGAUCUAACCAAGGAAAAACCACCCAAAGAUGUAGUGGGAAUUUACAUGUUUGAUCAGGAGAAACUGCUCCAAAAAAUGGUUCAAGACUUUGACAUGCUUAAAAGCGUCAUAGCAGAAGAUUCUGACACGCCCGAUUACGAAGAAUUGCCACCUUACCCCGAGUUGGAUAAACCAAAAGAACUAACACUGCUGGAAAUCGAAGCCAAGGAAUUGUACGACAAAGCGAUGGUUUAUCUGAACAGAACCAAACCCGAAAAGGAGGUGGCUUUUAAGUUGUUGAUUGAGGCUACAAAUAAGGGAAAUAAUGAUGCUAAGGCUUUGGUAGCCUGGGCUAAAUUGUUCGGAAAUCCAUUGGUUCAAAAUUUGGAACAUGCUAAGUUGAUGUUUAGUCAGUUGGCAGAUUUGGGUAUGGCAGAUGGACAUACUGGAUUAGGUUUUAUGUAUGCCACCGGUUUGGCAUCGAAUGUAAGUCAAUCGAAAGCAUUGGUUCACUACACGUUCGGCGCCAUUGGUGGAAAUACGUGGGCUCAGAUGGCCUUAGGCUAUCGCUAUUGGUCGGGCGUUUCCGUAUCGCCGAGUUGCGAGAAGGCUUUGGACCACUACAGGCAGGUGGCUGACAAAGUAAGUCAGGGAGUGUCAUUUAGUGGUGGCGCUGCAGUUCAGAGAGUGAGAUUAUUGGAUGAAAUGGAAAAUGGGUAUUCAUCAGGGAUACUAGACAAUGAUCUUAUUGAGUAUUAUCAGCUUUUGGCUGAAAAGGGAGACGUCCAAGCUCAGGUGGGUUUAGGUCAGCUUCACUACCAGGGCGGACGUGGAGUGGAUUUGGACUACCAAAAAGCAUUACAUUAUUUUACUCAGGCCGCCGACGCGGGAAAUGCCAUUGCAAUGGCAUAUUUAGGAAAGAUUUACUUAGAAGGCAGCGAUGAAGUAAAAGCAGACAAUGAUACCGCUUUUAAGUACUUCAAAAAAGCAUCAGAUCUAAACAACCCAGUGGGUCUAAGUGGUUUAGGUCUUAUGUAUUUAUACGGUAGAGGUGUGGAAAAAGAUUACACUAAAGCUCACAAAUAUUUCUUGGCUGCAGCUGAUCAAGGCUGGGUCGAUGGCCAGCUACAACUUGGCAACAUGUACUUCAGUGGCGUUGGAGGUAAGAAAGACUACAAGCUGGCCAACAAAUACUUUUCAUUGGCUUCCCAAUCGGGUCACGUGCUGGCCUACUACAAUUUAGGACAGAUGCAUGCGCAAGGCACCGGCAUGCUUCGAUCUUGCCCCACGGCGGUCGAAUUGUUUAAGAACGUGGCUGAGAGAGGGCGCUGGGGAGAGAUACUUAUGCAAGCACACCAAGACUACAGAGAUGGAAGAUACGACCAGGCUUUUGUACAGUAUGCGCUGUUGUCGGAGUUAGGUUAUGAGGUGGCGCAAAGCAAUGCUGCGUAUUUGUUGGACAGAGCAGAUGUGCCCAUGAUGCAAAUGCAAGAGUCGUUGGUUAGAGCACUUUUGUACUGGGGCCGGGCGGCCGCCCAAGGUUACUCAGCAGCACAGGUAAAACUGGGCGACUACUAUUACUACGGCUUCGGCACGCCAGUGGACUACGAAACAGCUGCCACUCACUACCGUCUGGCUUCCGAUCAGCAGCAGAACGCCCAGGCGAUGUUUAAUUUGGGCUUUAUGCACGAGCAGGGCUUGGGCAUGUCCCGGGACAUGCACUUGGCCAAAAGAUGCUACGAUAUGGCCGCAGAAACGAGCGUUGAUGCCAAAGUUCCCGUGGCACUGGCCCUGUUCAAGUUAAGCCUGGUUUACAGCAUUGAAAGUAUACAAGAUGGUCCAGUGGCUUCUUUUGCGGAAAUAACGGAAAUGCUUGGCUCAAAUUGGGAUUUAUAUUUAAUAACAACUCUAACAGCUCUGUUAGCUGGAAUAAUUUAUUUUAGAAGACCUCAAGUACCACCACAGUAAAAAUAUUGUGUUAAAUUUUCUUGGAAAGUCUAUUUUUUUUUAAAUUACAGAUUUGUGUAUGUGACUGUAUUAAUAGUGCAUAUAAUAAUAAUUAUCUAUUUAAAGGUGUCUUUCUGUUCAC